UGAAUUUCUAGUAGACUUAAGGCAUGAAGACCCAAAUUACGGAAAGAUCCGUUAUCCGGAAAACCCCAGGUCCCGAGCAUUCUGGAUAAUCGGGUCCCAUACCUGUAUAGUAAAACUAACUGUUCCUUGCAUCUGUCACCUUACAUGUAUCCUCAAAUGCGCUUUCUUUAUGUAAAUGUAAAUGCACCAAGUGGGGGGGGGGGCUGAGUGAGACGUAAUUUCAAUACGUUGUAUAACUGUUUAUAUGGUCUGUAUUGACAAAGCAAUCUUAUCUUAUCUUAAACCACAAUAUUGUAUUUUUAAACAUGAGUGCAGUAUUUUUCAUCAUGUCAGUCAUUUUGUGUUUACUGGCACUUGACUGAUUGGUUAGUAGGAAAGCACCUACAUGCAUAUUGUAUGUAUAUUGUGGAAUUCACUCAUAUGUACCCAUCCUCAGCGUAUCAUCCUAUGACAUCCUGUGGCAUUUAUAUUCACACAUAUUCUAUGUGCACUGCAUAUUGUGAGUCAGCCCCUAAGAUUAGUAAGUGACAGCAGCACAGUCAAGUUCAGUGAAUCAGCAGAAAAGAAGAUGAGGAGCUACUGGGGCAUCUUUGGUGGCACAGAUUUUCCCUGAUAAAGGGCUGUGGUUGCCUUGGGCUGGUACAGAAGCACAAAACAUAAUGUACAACAUUUCUAGCUACUUCUUUAGUUAAGUUUUAGUUCUCUUUUAAAUCUUUUGGCACAAGAUGCCAUGCAAUGCUCACUCAAGCAGGCAGGGUUUAAAUCCCUACAUAGCUGCAUUAUCAUGGGAAAACAGGAACCUUUACUAUACUGCCAUUAAAAAGAUAGAUGUUGGGGUCCUGUAGCCACAUUGAAAAAUUACCUGCCUUACUGCAGAAUAAAUCUACUGAAGUAAAUAUGCCUCCUGGCACAGCUGUCUUACAUUGACUUGCUGAUGGAAAGGGUUCUAUGGUGCCUUCGUGACAUUUUAAUCUGAUGAUCAUACUUCCUGAUGUGACUUCUGAUGCCCUGAGUAUGCUGCAGUGCUGAGUAGUUUAGAUUUUGAUCUAUCUAAUCACUGAAAAUAUAGAAUAAAUUCAUACUAUAUAAGCAGUUCAUAUUGUAUGCCAGGGAUGGAGAGAAUUGUUUGCUCCUUCCAGUCACCAUAAGGAUUUACAUAACACUAUUACAUGUUUGUGCUCCCUGAAAGAAUAACCUUGUUAUAGCUGGACAUAUAACCUAUUGCUUGGUAAAGAGAAACCGCUACUGUUUGGGUGUGUCAAAACAUUGCUAUCUCCCAGAUAUCCAUCCAACAAUGUUCCACCAGAUAAAUGACUUUUUGUUGUGCUGUGAACUGUUGAUAUAAAGUUUAUAUGUGAAUUUUUCAUUGUUCUCUUCAAAGCAGUUUGAUUUUUAUUUAUUCCCAAAAAGGGAUUGCGACAUAUAAGAAACAUUUUUUGCAUGGGAGCAGAUUCCUGAUGUCCAGUAUCUAGAGCUGUAUACACUGCUGUGUGAAAUCCUUUAUGACGGCAGAGCACUGUCUCAGCUACAAGCUGUGGUUAAUGAUUUCACAAUGGUUGGGAAAGGCUUAGGCCAAUGGCACACAAGGAAAUUAGUCUUCCCCAUCGGAAGCCAACAAGAGGAAGAAUUUACCCCUUAGAGCUUAAAAUCCAAAUGAGUGUGCUAAACAGAUGUUAUCAGACUCGGCGUUGGCAGUUCUUGGCACUUGCUGUGAACUUCAGCUUUUACCCAUCCGUAUUCUCUGCUUUGAAAAAGGACUGCAGCAACUCUGAUGGAUUUCCUCGACCAAUGAGGAUUUCACAUGCACAAAAACGACUUGCUUUAUCCAACAUGAAGCUUGAAAUAAAGGAGGAUUCCAUAUAUGCUGCAACUGCAGAGGAUCCUGGCUUUUUACCACUUAUUCUUUACAUUGCAAUAGCUGGCCUGCAUUUACUAAAGAAAGACUAAUAGAUAUGAUUGGAGGAGUUCUAAUCUUUGUCAAACUGCGACUGUGUAGUAACAUAUAAAGCACUCUUUUUGCUUCUUCAAGCAGCUUCACAGUUUUCAGCAGCAUUAGAUAGAAGAGAUGGAGGUAGAGAAGCUACAGUUCAGAGAAACUGAGGUUACACUGAAGAUAAGCUAGAAUGCCUGCGUUUCAAGAACAGCAUGACUGCCAAAACGUAAUGUAAAUUUUAAUAAAUAUCACAUUUUUCGAGAUUUAUUAUACCCGGAAGCUGGAAAUAGCUAGAAUCCAAAAAUACUCCAACUAAAAUCUGUCGAGGUCAUUAAAAAUCAAAGGCAGAGGUCCCUUGAGCCGUUUGUAGCCUUUAUGAUGUUCAGUCGUUUUUUUUUGGUUGUUUUCGCUCCAAAACUCAAUCAAUUCGAGUAUUUGAAUUUUUCACCCCGACUACACUGAUUCAAGUUUUUUACAUUACAUUUCAUAAAUAAGAAAACAUUCAGCAUGGAAAUAAAUCUGCUUCCCACUGUAGACCAACAUUGUGUUUUUCUUUAUCAUUCAGUGACUGAGAUACUGUAUUUGUACCCAUCACAUAUACUUGCAUGCAGGUCCAGACUGAGAAUUAAAAUAGGCCCUGGCAUUUCAGGUACACAGAGGCCCAAUCAGCCCACACAGAGGCCCAUAUGCAAAUUAGGAUUCGGAUUCAGUUCAGCCGGGCAGAAGGAUUUGGCCAAAUCCGAAUCCUGCUGAAAAAGGCCGAAUCCCGAACAGAAUCCUGGAUUCGGUGCAUCCCUAUAGGUAACAGGAAUGUACUGUAUAUACAACUCAGUAAAAGAUAUAGUGAUCAUCAAGUGUGACAUAAAAUUAUCCAUAUAGUACUAGAAAACCAAUUAUCCUAUUGUUGAUAGUAUCCUGGAUGGAUAUCUGUUAUAAAAAUCUGCAUCUAGGAAAUGAUAGCUUAUAUACACAGCUUAGUAAACCAGAGUGUUGAGAAAUCAGUGUAUAGUAACUGUCAUAUAGGAGAUAGAUUAGUGAAUUACAUGUACAUGAGAGAGCAAAAACCAGGUAAAUAAACCAUUAGAGGUUAGUGACAAAUUGCCACUGUGUACCCUGUUUCAUUCUAUUGGUGCAGUUACUGGAGGCUGGUGUGAUAGAGCUGGAGCCGCUUAUUAUUGUAAAGUUACAAAUUACAGGAUGAAUACAACAAGUUAAGUAUCUCACAAAUCACAUACAUUAUAGCACUCUCAGUACUGAGCAAGUGAAAUAUCCUGCUCACUACUAAUUUUUACUCUUUCUGAGCUAUAUUUAUUAGCAGGCCCAGCAGCCGCAAUCUACAGUGAAUCAUAAAUUCUCCUACAAUGGUGUGUGUGUGUGAGGCAUUAUGGAAGAUUCCCAACCAGGUAUUACCACAUCCGCAAUUCAACUCUUAAAAGGACAUCAACAAGAACCACUUGAACCCACAGAAAACCAUAACAUUGGAACGGAUCUUGGCUAAAAUGCUCCCUACGUUGCUUUUCCGGUUUUUCUUCAGCAACAGUAAUGAAUAUUAUCAAGUGAAGUAUUUCCUUGGAGCAAUUGUUGGAUUGUGCAUCGGAAGCGCACUUUACUUUUUGCUGGUUUAUCCAUUAACCACCUUGAAUGACCAGAUCAAAGUCUGCAUAUUUAUUGUUAAUAAUGCUAUAUUUUCCUUCGGAUGGGCAAUGUCCACUAAUUUCCGCUGCUCGACAUUGAUGAUACUCCUGCUUAUCCUGUGCGAAAGUACAGGUGCCCUAACAACUACAGUUGCUAUCAAAGCAAUCACUGAUGGCCCUGUUCCUAAUAUGAUGAAAAAUAUAGAACUACUUGUAAUGAGCUUUGAGUGUACAGGAGAGAUGACCCUUAACCACACAAAGAUGAUGUACACAUCAAUGAUGGAACCUAUAAAGAGGAUAUUUGGUCAAUUGACGAAAAGGUCAUCGAAUUUAACAAAGGACACCAAAGAAAUAACUGAUGAUUUCCGUGAGGUAGAAGAAGAAGUUGAAAGCACUGAGGGAUACGACAAUGUGAGAGAGAAAGAACUGAUAAGGGAAGAAAUCGAGAGAAACAAAACGUUACUAAUGAAUACUCAGAAGAAAUUUAGCAUGAAGACUUUCCUGCGCUGUGAACAUCUCUUUGAAAUGGGCAUAGGGAAGUGCCAUGAAUGGUUUGAUCAGAAAUAUGAUGAAUGCAUGGAGACAAUAUGGUUACCUGUUCUCAAUCAUGCAUUGUGCUGGCCAAUGAAAUUGAAAUUUGUCUGCGGCGCUUUAAAUUGGUUCCUGCCAUUGUGCAAGAAGCACAUCCGCAUCGACCCUUUGUUUGGAGAACUCUAUGAUAAUAUCAGUGGGGCCAUUGACACAUUCAAGCAAAAUGUCACUAUAGAUGUUCAAAUUACGGUCAGAAACAAAACCAUAUUUGAUACGACACUGAAGAAAGUCAAACAAAAUGUGUCCGAAACCGUUGAAGAGAGCGAAUCAGUUUCACAGAAAGCUAUGAAGGCUAUAAAAAUAGUUUUGUCUCUACUCUUCCUCCAAUACAUCAGUUCAGCUUUUGGCUAUGUUGAGAAUUACAAUUCAAACCUUCGCCACGACAAUGUGUACAUAACAACGUACUUCAAACAAAUCGACGCUCGUAGGAGGAAGCAGGGAAAGAGGCACCUGCUACCGCUGAAAAAAGGGGAACGUGCAGAUUUAAUUUACCCAAUAAACUUUGCCCUCCAUGGACCAGAGGUGAAAGCAUUGACAAGCGCUAUGAUAGGGUGCAUUCCGCUGAUUGUUAUUUGCCUGCUUUUACUUGGACUGGAUUUGGGUGUCCAAAAUAUCAUGGACAUUACUAUCAAGCAUUCCAAUAUUAGCUACAACUUUGGCUUUAAACACAAUCUAGAAGUGAUUGUUGGUGGCACCGGAUUCCUGGCAAGAUUUCUCCGGAACACAAUUGGAAAUAUCAAUACGUCCUCUAAUGCGCUUCAUGUGACCAAUAAUACUGUUUGUCUGGCGCAACCGAUUCAUCUGACGUCCCAGCAAUAUAUCGGCACUUGUUUACUACUGACCAUCACGCUGAUCCUUCCUUUUGUCCAGAUAUACAUGAGCCGACUGUGCAGAGUCCUGGCUGCUUACUUUUACCCUAAGACGGAGAAAAGGCGAAUUCUCCAUCUCUAUAAUGAGCUACUGAGGUACAGGGACCUGUAUUUAAAUAUAAAGAGGAAGAACUUAAUGAUCACUGCCAACCGCCACAGAAACUUUAUGAUGUCUAUACCUGGUAUGCUAUUCCGACAAAUGAAAUGGCUGAGAGUCAUUAUAAAGCGACGCUGUUUGGUUUGUAAUGCCAAAGAAACCAAGACUUCCUAUAUUUGCAAGACAUCAAACUGUGACACAGCCUACUGCCUCGACUGCUGGAAGGAGAUAAAGAAAUGCUGCUUUGUUUGCUUACCAGAUGAUUUAAUUGAAAAUUACUUCUGUGAAGAAUAAUACUACAGUGAUGGCGGCCCCUCCCCCUUUUUAAAAAAAUGUUUUGUAUAAUAUACUUUUUUUAAUAUAUUUUGUAAAAUAUAUUAAACAUAUAUUUUAUAUAAUCAGUAUUUAAUAAACUUUAAUAAACUUUUAUAAAUAUGUGUCCAUUGUAUUACCCAGUCACAGAGCCUCUCACAUCUGCUGAUAGCUGCAGUCAUUUUGUUUCUGGCUGCAACACAACAAACAGGGUGCCCCCCCUCCAGAUUCAGCCAUUCUGCUCGCCAUCUUUGUAGCCAUUCUAAGGAACUUGACUGGCACUGACUUGUGGGCAGGGUCGCCAUCAGGGGGGGAUGGGGGAGAGUUGUAGGGGGCCCCGAGGGUAAGUGGGGCCCGGCCACGCCACACUUACUUGAUUAG